AUGGAUGUCAUUACAUUUGAUAAAAGUUUCCAACAACGUUAUACCGAAUUCACCGAUGUAUUAUCUGACUCAGACGUAUUGCCCGCUUCGAAACUGCAGAAGCAAUGGGGCUUCUUCUUGGAGUUAACUCUAGAUAAAAUCGGUUGGCAAGCGAUUUGGAAAAUUCCGAGAUUAACUUGCGAAUCUUUGAAUGUGCCUUUUCCAUCUGUCGCUUUGGUCAUCGUUUUAACCAUAAAUACUAAGGAGUUAUCGGCCUACGUGAGAAUACUAGCCACUAAAAACGAUUUGAUUAUUCCAGAGAAAAAUUGGGUGUCUUUAACGCAACUAUGGCCUACUAAAGAACAAGAUAAAGCCGUACUGCUGAAUUUGUGGGAAACUGCUAAUUCACUGGACAUGUUUCGUUUCUUUUAUUUCUAUGUUUACAUGCCUUGGGAUCGAGAUGAUGAUGAUGGUUAUGAUUGGAAAGAGAAGCAUUUAGAAAGCAGGUUGAGAUUUUAUUACGAUCUUAAAAAUGGAAGUAUUCCUAAAGCAGUGGCUGAACAUUACCACCAGUUGUUGACGGAGGCCAGAAGAUUACACCAUAGAAGGGAGUAUUUGGAAGAACAGUUUCAUAAACAGGAAGAUUUCGAAGAAGAUAUGAAAGAUGAUAAAUUCAAAACUCUAAUGAAAAUUCACGUGAGGCUGCAGGAGAUUCGUGCAGAGAUCGAAAUCGGCGAAAAUCCAAUAUUAAGAAACGUUAUUAUAGAAAGAAUUUCACAGUUAAAUUUGGUUACCAAUCCUUCGCAAUCUGUACAUCAAGUUUGGUUAAUUUCUAACACGGGAACUGCAGAUCAGCAUAUUGAUUUCCUAUCAAAGGUUAAACAGCAAUAUUCUAAGGAAAAUCUUAAUCUAAGCACGAAUCUAGCAUCGGUAUUAAAAGCUGGCAACUACAAUGACACUUACCUGCUGAAUGAAAGCACCCAUACUAUUGUGAAUACAGGUGCAUUAGAGAAAGGGGGAGUGCUAAAAGGAAUCGGAUCUAUGGAAAAAGUUGUAUUAACAACAGAAAUCGAAGAUGUAAUGUUCAAUUUCAUAGGAGAAAAUGUUGUUAUCGAAAACCUAACGAUCGAUGUGGCCUCUGCACAAUGUGGGAUACUAGUUAAAGCCGGUAAAUGCACCAUAAGAAACUGCAAAAUAUUCACGGAAUCCCACUCUUCAGUGCAUCAGGGGAUAUUAGUUUUGAAAGGAGCGCAAUUGGUUUUGGAGAAGUGCGAAAUUUUCGGAUUUCCCACGGCGAUUGUUGGAAAUUCCGGAUCUGUUAUAACGCUGGCAAAUUGCAAUAUUUAUAACGUCGGUAGUGGUUUGAAAAUUUUUGAUAAUACCGCUGUUACGCUUGAAUCUGUGGUAUUGAAAGAUUGCUCUGAAUUCGCCAUUGAUUUAGAAACAGCCACGAAAGAUGAGGCUGUAGGAGAUUUUCAGUGCCUUGAAAAGGUUCCCGAAGUUAAGUUUAAAAAUGUAACAGGAGUUAAUAACGGAAGAGGAAAUGUGGCGAUUCUACCACCGCCUAAAUUACAACCUUUUGAGGAUUUAUUUUCCGAUCCCAACAAAGACCCAACUAUUAUAGAAUCUGAUAAUGAUGAAGGCGAUGAUUCUGGGAUUUGA